GGCGAUGGAGCGCUACAGCCGCAUUGUUGUUGGGGGAAGAGAUGCGAGUUAGCCUGCUAGCAUAGGGCGCAACACACGGCCAGCGCAAUAAGGACCGAUAAACAGCCGCGUUAGCAUGGUCGAGCUGCUGCUACCGUGAGUGAGUAACUCCGGCUUUUAAAUGCGUAUUUUUGAUUCCCGGAGGCCGUUACGGAUACUUCAUAUUACCUUUCGAUUGCCGCGGAUAAGCGGCUCGUGGACGGAAGCGCCCAUAACGAGGCUCGUGUACGGAUUAAACAUACUGCUGUUCAGUAGGCCACACCGCUGUUGCUUUGCGCUCGGCCUUACUGCCUUUAAAGCUACAUUUAACGUCGACGGCGAAGUUCCUCUGGGGCAUUCAGAAUGAGGAAGAAGGCUAGGCAUAAUCGUGUAGCCAUGCCACAGAGGCCUCCCUCACCCAUAAAACCCUCACGCAACCGUGAGACCUUGACUUACGCCGAGGCCCAGCGUAUAGUCGAGCUAGAGAUGGAUGGACGUGUUCACAGGCUCAGCAUUUACGACAAACUGGAUGUUAUCGACAGUGAUGACCCUUUAGCUCAGGAGAUCAUCGAGUGCACCAGCAACAAGGAGAACACGGAAAAGCCACAGCAGGUUCUGGUGCGCUCGGUGCGGCUGCAAAAAAACCAGCAGAAGAAGAGUGCCGCAUUGACGACUGUGCAAGGAUCACCAUCUCAGGGCAGGCUACCGGAGCCAAAGAUCCGAACGGUUGAGUAUAACCUCCCGGCAGUGCCACGGAGGCCAUCUACAUACUAUACUUAUGUGGAGAAGACACCUGAUGAGCUUGAUGAGGUGGUAGAGUAUGAUAUGGACGAGGAAGACUAUGCAUGGCUCGAGCUAAUCAAUGAGAAGAGGAAGAGUGACGGUCACAGCCAGGUCUCUCAGAACGUCUUUGAGUUCCUCAUGGACCGUUUUGAGAAGGAGUCUUUCUUUGAGACCCAGGGUCAAGGUGACCCCCAGCCACUUAUAGACGAGGAUGCCGUGUGCUGCAUCUGCAUGGACGGCGAGUGCCAGAACAGUAAUGCUAUUCUGUUCUGCGAAAUGUGCAAUCUUGCAGUGCAUCAGGAGUGUUACGGCGUCCCCCACAUCCCAGAGGGACGAUGGCUUUGCCGCCAUUGCCUGAGUUCACCCACCCAGCUGACGGAGUGUAUAUUCUGCCCCAAUAAGGGCGGAGCCCUUAAGAGAACAGACGAUGACCGCUGGGGGCACGUUGUUUGCGCCAUCUGGGUCCCCGAAGUCAGCUUUACCAAUACUGUCUUCAUCGAGCCCAUUGACGGUGUGGCGAACAUUCCGCCAGCCCGCUGGAAACUCACCUGUUACCUGUGUAAGAAGAAGGGAGUUGGUGCUUGUAUUCAGUGCAGCAAGGCCAACUGUUUCACUGCUUUUCAUGUGAGCUGUGCUCAGAAAGCUGGCCUUUACAUGAAGAUGGAGCCCAUCAAAGAGGUUAAUGAAUUAGGAGCCACCACGUUCUCUGUAAAGAAAACCGCCUAUUGCUGCUCGCAUACACCCAACGGUUGCGUAAGGAGACCCCUUGCUGUAUACGAGGACUCCAAACCCAAGAACGGUUUAUGUCAGAAGGGUGCUCACAGGGGAAGGAGGGAAAAGGCAAAGGGAUGCCAGAAAAAGAAGAAUAAAAUGCCAGAAUCCGAGCCUGUUGAUGAUGCUCCCACUGUUUCUGGGCCUAGUAUUACUCCUAAAAGUUUCAACACAAUCCUCAAUCAAGUUUCUCUGCAGAAGAAGAAGGUAUUUGUGGAACGUGUUCUCAGAUACUGGAUGCUCAAGAGGCAGUCAAGGAACGGUGUCCCACUAAUAAGGCGCCUACAGACUGCAAUACAGAUUCAAAAACCACCAGAGCAGGUGCAGAGGGAGGAUGACUAUCAAGAUCUGACAGAACAGUUAAAGGACUGGCAUCGUUUACGGCAUGACCUGGAGCGAGCUCGCUUGCUGCUGGAGCUCAUUUGCAAGAGAGAGAAGCUAAAGAGGGAGGAGAUGAAAAUGCAACAGUCAGUUUUGGAUAUGCAGCUCACUCCAUUUCCUGUCUUGCUGCGAGCGGUGCUUGAUCAGCUGCAAGAGAGGGACCAGACCAGAAUCUUUGCCCAGCCUGUCAGCAUCGAAGAGGUUCCUGACUAUCUAGACCACAUCAAGCACCCCAUGGACUUCUCUACCAUGAGGAAACGCAUUGAAACCCAUGGAUACAACAACCUGGAUGAGUUUGAGGAUGACUUCAACCUCAUUAUUAACAACUGCAUGAAGUACAAUGCCAAGGACACCUUCUUCUAUCGUGCUGCUGUACGUCUACGAGACCAUGGUGGAGUAAUCCUCCGGAAGACGAGGCGGGACAUUGAGAGGAUAGGCUUGGACUUUGCCAGUGGAAUGCACCUCGCUGAGCCUCCUAAGAUUGAGCCACCUCCAUCAUUGUCCUGGGAAGAUGUUGAUAGACUGUUAAACCCAUCCAAUCGAAAACACAUGUCUAAGGAGGAACAGUUGAAUAAACUGUUGGAGACACAGGAUUCAGUGAGUGCCAUGAAGUCAUGCCCUUCCAGGAGCAAACGGCUCAAGUUACUCAAAAGGACCAUCGGUGACAUACGGAUGGAAAUGUGUCACAAAACUGAGCCCCCUUGUUUGGAGCAGAACAGUCCAAAGGAAGAGGAGAAUAUGCCUCUUUCUGUACCACCGGCCCCAGAGGAAGAAGGUGACAAGUCAUUACCCCCAAAACUGGAGCCUUCAGACUCUGUACAACUUCUGACAAACUCAGAAAGUCCCUCUGAACCUCCGACUCUUAAACCUGUUGACUCCAGCCCUGAAAAGUGGCCGAAAAAGGUCACAUUCGACGGGGAGACGCUUUCUACCUCACUUCUAAAUGGAUUCUCCCCUAACGUUCUGCCCUCUGAAAAUAACAUGUUUGCUACCUCUACUGUUACCGAACCAGCAAAUGCGGUCAACCGACGGACGGCUGUGCUGUUCCGGAAGUCAAAGAGUCCACAGAAAGGGUCAAACAUGAGUGAAUCCCCAGUAGACUGCCCUCAGCUGGGCUCUAAGACCUUUCUGUCAGUAGUCAUACCUCGCCUCGAAACUUUACUCCAGCACAGGAAGAGGACGCGUAGUGUGAGCGGAGACAGUCAAGAUGAAGAGGAGGAUGAGUGUCCAAUCAAACGCUUGGAUACUGGCUUGUCUAAUGGCUUUUUGGAGCCGAAGAAAGGGCUAACUGUGGGUCGACCGUCAGAGCCUCGUCGUCGCUGUGCUUCAGAGUCCAGCAUCUCCUCCAGCGGAAGUGGAAGUGCCCAGGAAAACACAAGUGAUGUCAGUCAUGUAAGGAGCGGAAAAGGGAAGCUGGCGAUGGCAAGACGAAAUACGACAGAUGAUAAAAAAGAGCUGGUCAAUUGUGUGGAAACGGGGAACAUUUCCAAAGCCGGUAAGAUGGCAGCAGAGAUUGAGAGCAGCAAUAUUUGGAUGCCUGCUAAUACUACACCACUAAAUCUGGAGCCCCUUAAACUAGUUUGGGCCAAACUUAGUGGAUAUCCUUCCUAUCCUGCCUUGAUCAUAGAUCCUCAGAUGCCUCGACCGGGUUGCCAACUCAACGGAGAGUUCAUUCCCACCCCUCCACGGGACGUGCUCAGGGUCGGAGAGCUGAUGCAGUUCAGGUCCAAGGAGAAACUCUUCCUCGUCCGCUUCUUCGACAGCAAACGCAACUGUGAUGCACCAGCAAGAGAAAUUAUGACAAAUCUGUCAUCAAUCACACUGUCCCAGAAUCCCUACCAAGGAAUCCCAGAUGUAAAGAGCAGACCUGCACUUCUCAGAGCUUCCAGGGUCUCCAGAGUUAAGAAGUCACAGGCGAAAGCAAACACUGUGGAUCUAAAUUUAUAAGCACAUUUAUUUCCAUUUGUUUUAGGAAAGCUUUCAAUUGAGAUCCACAUGUUCUAGUCUGCAAAGAGAAGGAUCAAGGUAUUUGUUCUGCAGGUUCAUAUACAGAAGUGCAGAGCAAACAAUGUUGUGCUCCUCAAACCAUUAAGUUAUAGAUUAACGGCUCUGCAGAACUGAAUCUAAAUAAAUAUUUAAAAGUAUCAACAAAAGUGUAAUCAGUCAUUUAUUUAGUAGCAUCAAACUGAGCUUCUGAAACACAUUUUAGAAACCUUUAAAAGCACAAAUUGCUAAUCAUGUUUAAAAAAACAAAAAGCUUUACAAACCUUUGCAAUGUAGUGCUCAAAUUGCCUUCAAUGGCUUCACAUAAGGUUUAUUUAAAUCUGCCAUAAUAUAUCUGGACAAACAGCCCCAAAGCUCAUUUUAAUAAGAUGCUGAAAAGGUCAUAUAUUUUAUUUGAUUUUACAUCACCUUAAGUUGUUACCGAAGCUGAAACAGCAAAGUGUAGAUAGUUUUGUAGAUUUCAAACCUUUUAACAUUGUAUGAAGCUGAUUUGAUCUUGGUUAAAUGACAUACACUUAUUUAAUUUGGCUACAAAAUCAUUUUAAAAUACAUUCUGCCAUUAUAGAAAUGUUUCUCUUUCCUUACGUUUGGUCAGGUUUUUAAUAAUUUCAGGCUAUAAUAUGUGAUAUCUGUGCAAUGUUACUACUUAGUUACAAUGUGUAUCAGCGUAAUGAUAUUAGUAGACGUAUCAUGGGACAAAAACAACAGCAGAACAAUAUCCUUGUUUGCCUCCAGACACUUCCAUAAAAUAUCAAUAUCCAUGAGUUCAAAUGAGUCCUAUUAACAAGGCUGGUUGCAUGUUGUUUAUCGUGGAACAGAUUUACAUUGAUAUUUGUUUCCAUGACAUUCACCAAGGUUAGUAUUGAUUCCAGAAGCUUGAUUUAGAGAAGAACAAGAUAAGUUUGACAAUAUUAUUGAUUACCGCUCAGUCAGAUGUACAGUAUCUUAUUUUUACACCAUUCAUCCUUUGACAAAGACAAUGAGCACAUUCAUGAUCCAACAUUUAUUUGAUCCAUACGCUGAUAACAAACCUAGUUUCAAAUUAAACUGUCUGUGUGAUGUAUCAAAACGCUUGAUCAAUUACAUUUUCAGUGGGGUUUGUCAUAAUCUUAUUAAAUCUGACAGAGAGCUCAAAAAUUAUUUAGGGGAAUAACUCUUCUUAUUCACGUUGCAUAUUAAAACAUGCUAUGCUACAAAACCAUGCUUACCAUUUCUUUAAUGAUAAAAAAGUGUGGGCCAGUUAGUGAUAUACACUGAUUGCCGUGAGAAUAUUUCAGGUAUUAAGAGAUGGCAUUUUGUUUACUUAAAAUUGUAUAUGAACUGUAUGUAUUCAUUAUUGAGUAAAUGGGUUAAGCUAACUUAGUCAAUGGAGAAAAGCAUAAAUAUAGCUUCUAAUGUGACUGACAUGGGCUAAAAGCUACAAAACUUCAAUUUUUAUUUAAUGGGCUUUAAAUGUGCUGAUACCCAUUUUUAUAAUGCAGAUGGUACAAUGGAAGGACACAUGAUGACUUAAAUUGGAUCAAAAGUGGCUUUUCUAGCAACUGUAGCAAAUAAUGACAUUACAAUCAUAAUUUUAAAUGCAUUGUCACGUUAAAUGAAAUAAUUAGUAUUAUAAAUAAAGGGAUAGUUCUUAUCAUUUACGCACUCUCAUUCCAGCCUAGACGUGUAUGACUUUCUUCUGCUGAACACAAACGAAGAAUAUUUGGAUUUUGCAUUUAGAUAUGGAUUUAACCACUGGAGUCUUAUGGAUUAAUCUUAUGGAUUGUAUUUUACAGUGAAAUUCUAAUAUAUAUAUUUUUUCCUAUAUAAUAUUAAUAUUUUGCAUUGCAUUGUACACCAUCAUCUGCAUCUAAUGCAUUUUCAUCAAGCUUGGGCCUCUUAUGUAUUGCUGUUUCUUGGAAAGGAAGUGUAAUGAGCAUCAUCAGACUCUGAUGAGAAAUUUAAUUAGUCAGAUUGGGAAGAUUUCUGACAUAAUUACAGUGGCUGUCUCUGUCUGCUUGAAUUAGGAAUCGAGGAAUUUUGUUAAUAGAGGCUGAGACUAUGGGGUCCUAAUGUGCUCAGGACAUUGUAUGUUUUCCUGGAACAAUACAGAAAAAAGUAUAAAAAUGACAUGAGGUCAUUAGAAGUGAAAUUUGGAGGUAGAGUAGCAUUCAAACGACAAAUGAAAAUUUAUCAAACUCUCAAGGCCUUCCUCAGAUUUCAAGGACAGCUUUUUGACAACCUUAAAGCAUUGAUUUGAAUUCAUUAUUCAAAUUAAAUACAGCCCAUAACACCUACUUAAUCUGCAAAACACAAUAUGUAAUGUUUUUAAUUAUAAUCCCUACAAAGCUAAUUUGUCUUGUAAUUCACGUCUUCAUCUUUGACGUGUACUUCAUUUCUGUUCUCAUUAAAAAAAAAACAAUUAAAAAAAACUUGACCAUCCAAAAUGCUACAAAAUGACACAUUAAUAGCCUAUAGCUCUCUCAUGCAGAAUUUAAUUAUUCUUUGUUGUGAUUAAAACCGUGAAAACCCAUUUCAAGUUUCUGAGUAUGAUGCGUGUCUCAUUUUUCCCACAUAGUAUCUUACCCAGGAUUAUCAUCAAUUUUGAGCUGCCAAAUCAACACCCUUUAUUAACAAUUUGACGUCAUUAUUCAGUAUCCUUCAAGUUUGAUAAGUAGGCCUACUUGAUCGAGAGGUUUGGAUGGACUAAACAUAAGAUUCUUCACAGUAGAUAGAAUUUUGGGUUAGUUUAAUUCAGCUAUUAUAAUUCAGAAUAUGGAGGAAUCAGGCUUUGGGAUUUAAAGAGAUUGAAGUUGCAGGACUUUUCCAAGCAUCCAAUCUAGCAGCAGGCACAACAGCUCCCCGCUGAAGUUUCCUUCUAUUUGAUUGUUCAUAGAUCUCUCCAUUAGCAUAUCUCCAUACGACACCACAUUGUUACUUGAAAUACCUCUGGGGCUUUUGAAUGAAAAUAAUAGCUUUUUGCUUUUUUCUCAGGAAAGUCCAUUAUUACUAAUUUGAUGAAUCUUUAAGGUUUUGGUAAUUGAAUGGCUUCCAAUUGGCUGAGUAGCUCCUAAAUAUAAUAUAUAGGCAAUGAUGAAACAAAUCGUUUUGUAUAUGUAAGAGUUUGAGUAUGUUUAAAAGUGUAGAGGUUGUGCUAGUUUUUCCAGCUACAAUUUAAUUUCAACGAAGUAUUUCUUUAUUAGUGAGGUUAUAAUUCUCCACUCAUUACUGGUGCUUCAUGCUAACCCAGCAAACACAGAAUGUUGUCUCAAAGUUGCCAGCCAUCUACCAGCAUUGUGACAACGUGGCCAAAAGGAUACCAAUUUUACGUUGUGUGGUGAAGGUUGUGACCACACUGUCACAACGUUGCUGUUUUACAAUUGUUCAGAGUCAAUUAUUUAGGUCAAGCUUACGUUGUGUUGACUACCACUGUAUGACAUAUACUGUACACAUCACUGUCCUAAAGCACGAACAACAGCUAUUUACAUUUCAACUGACAGUUGGGCCUUCUGAAACGGAUCUGCUGUGAUUCAUCCAGUGUUGCCAACUAAUUUUCAGGGGAAGUUGCUAAAUGCAGAUCGAUUUGUUGCUAAAAGUUACUAAAUGACGUUGUGAUGUCAUUG